AUGGACUUGGCUGCCUACUUUGGCGGCUCGAGCAUGCCAACUUACCACCUUGUUUACAAGAUCUUACUCAAGGAUCGCGCUUCAGUGACCGCUGUCCGCAAGGCACAAGCGGUGUUCUAUGAUAACACGCAAGACGAGCUAAACCAGAGCAAGAGCUUUGUUGUAUUUGGGGUCGAAGGGCUAAUAAUGGAUAUCGAGACCAACACCCGUGUGAAUAACGAGAUCUAG